AGGAUUUGUUUGCAACGCUUGUGUGACUCUAACCUACACCGAAAUCCAAUAUUUGUUAGUUGUCCCUAUACACCCGAUACCUUUUGAGCGUCUAUACCGUUUACAUAGCGACUAAAGCAUAUCAGGACUACACGUCCCAGAGUGGCAGUCUCUUAUGACGUUAAAUUUAUGCGUCUCACACUCCACAGACGUCGAGGAGAUCAUUAGCUACAUGGUCAAUACAAAGUAGUAAGUUAUCACCAUGGUGAUGAAGUCUGCAGUUGAGGAUGAUGAUGCUGGCUGGGGGCUGGGCAUCCCUGAAAAGAUGAAGAACAAUGCCAACUGGGUUGACAUUACACAUGAGUUCAAGGGAGCAUGUAAAGAAUUGAACCUUGGGGAGUUGCUUCAUGACAAACUAUUUGGCCUCUUUGAGGCAAUGUCAGCCAUAGAAAUGAUGGAUCCAAAGAUGGAUGCAGGAAUGAUUGGCAACCAGGUUAAUAGAAAGGUGCUCAAUUUUGAACAAGCAAUCAAGGAAGGGGCCAUAAAAGUGAAAGACCUUAGUCUUCCAGAGCUCAUUGGUAUCAUAGACACAUGCUUCUGCUGUUUGAUCACAUGGCUGGAAGGCCACUCCCUGGCACAGACUGUGUUUACCUGUUUAUAUGUUCACAACCCUGAUCUGAUUGAGGAACCUGCUCUUAAAGCCUUUGCUUUGGGCAUCUUGAAAGUGUGUGACAUUGCAAGAGAGAAAGUCAACAAAGCAGCUGUUUUUGAAGAGGAGGAUUUCCAGGCGAUGACCUAUGGCUUCAAGAUGGCCAAUAAUGUUACAGACCUGCGAGUAACAGGCAUGCUGAAAGAUGUGGAAGAUGAGUUACAAAGGAAAGUAAAGAGCACACGUAGUCGACAGGGUGAGCAGCGAGACCCAGAGGUUGAGCUGGAGCAUCAGCAGUGUUUGGCACUUUUCAAUAGAAUCAAAUUCACACGCCUUUUACUGACUGUGCUGAUCGCCUUUACCAAGAAAGAGACCAGCUCGGUGGGUGAAGCCCAGAAGCUUGUUGCUCAGGCAGCUGACCUUUUAUCAGCAAUACAUUCCAGUAUUCAGCAUGGUAUCCAGUCACAGAAUGAUACCACUAAAGGAGACCACCCUAUCAUGAUGGGCUUUGAGCCUCUUGUCAACCAGAGACUGCUGCCACCUACCUUUCCACGCUACGCCAAAAUCAUUAAAAGAGAAGACAUGGUGGCCUACUUUAGCAAACUUAUAGAACGUAUCAAGACUGUGUGUGAUGUGAUCAACACCACCAACCUGCAUGGCAUACUGGACUUUUUUUGCGAAUUCAGUGAACAGUCUCCAUGUGUACUCUCCAGAUCUUUACUCCAGACAACUUUCCUGAUAGACAAUAAGAAAGUGUUUGGCACCCACCUGAUGCAGGACAUGAUCAAAGAUGCUCUCAGAUACUUUGUGAGCCCACCUGUUCUCUCUUACAAAUGUUGUCUGUUCAACAACCACCAGGCCAAAGACUACAUCGACUCCUUUGUUACUCACUGUUCCAGGCCAUUCUGUAGUUUGAUCCAGAUCCAUGGACACAACCGAGCUCGGCAAAGAGACAAACUGGGUCAUAUUCUUGAAGAGUUUGCAACUCUACAGGAUGAGGCAGAGAAGGUUGAUGCUGCACUGCAUAGUCUGCUGAUGAAACUGGAGCCUCAGCGGCAGCAUUUAGCCUGUCUGGGUACAUGGAUCCUCUAUCAUAACCUGAGGAUCAUGAUCCAAUACCUGCUAAGUGGCUUUGAACUGGAGCUUUACAGCAUGCACGAAUACUACUACAUCUACUGGUACUUGUCCGAGUUUCUUUAUGCAUGGCUGAUGUCUACUUUGAGUAGAGCCGACUCCUCUCAGAUGGCAGAGGAGCGGAUUCUGGAAGAACAGCUGAAAGGACGCAGCAGCAAAAAGACUAAGAAGAAGAAGAAAGUUCGUCCUCUGAGUAAAGAGAUAACAAUGAGUCAAGCAUACCAGAACAUGUGUGCCGGCAUGUACAAGACCAUGGUAGCUCUGGAUAUGGACGGGAAAGUGCGCAAGCCUCAGUUUGAGCUCGACAGUGAGCAGGUUCGCUAUGAGCAUCGCUUCGCCCCCUUCAACAGUGUGGUCACACCCCCACCAGUGCACUACAUCCAAUUUAAGGAAAUGUCUGAUCUGAAGAAGUACAAUCCUCCACCAGGCUCUGCUGACCUCUACAUGGCAGCCAGUAAACACUUCCAGCAGGCUAAGCUUAUCCUAGAAAAUGUACCCAGCCCAGACCCCGAGGUGAACCGUAUACUAAAGGUGGCAAAACCCAAUAUUGUAGUCAUGAAGCUCUUGGCUGGUGGACACAAAAAGGAGACUAAGGUGCUCCCGGAGUUUGACUUCUCAGCUCACAAAUACUUCCCUGUGGUCAAGAUUAUCUGAUUGUAUCAGCUGUAAAAACCAUACCUUCACCUGAACAAGUGUGCGGUGGCCCUGAUCCAGUCCACGUCUCAACAACAGUGUGCGCCUGUGUGUAUGUAUGUGUGUGUGAUACAUCUAUCUCUACUGUCGAGUAAAGGAGUGUUUGAUACACGUGCUGUUUUCCUCACAUGAAUAAAAGGUGGGAUUUGUGAAACCAUUCAACAGAAAUCACAACCGGAUGUAAAAUAUCCCAGAUGUAUCUACCGUGUGUGUGUGUGUGUGUGUGUGUGUGUGUGUGUGUGUGUGUGUGCGCGCAACAGUAUCUGUUUUGUCAGUCACAAAGACAAGUCGUGGUGCUUUGGUACAGAGAAUUAGCCAGUAGGAAUUUUUAUAAUCUGCCCACAGAACAAUAUUGUGUGACGGUUUGAAAAUGACUGAUGUAAUGACAGAUGCAUAUCAGUAAAACAUGUGAACCCUCAACCCUCAACAUGUACGUGUUUAUCAGGUUUUUCAGUAUAUAUUCAGCUUUUUUUGUCAGCACUAUUACCAUUAUACACAUUAAUAACACAUAGACCCCACUGUCAAAAACUCAUUGAAACACAUUUACAAAGGGGGCUUAUGUGGGAAUAUGGAAAACUUUUGCUAAAAUUUUGUACUUUUUAAACACUAUUAAUCAAGCUGCAACAUCAAAUGUUUAUGUAAAAGAAGAGGACACUUUAAUAACUGACAUCAGCUCUCCUCAUGACUUUUAAUCAGUUAUGUGAGAAUUGCCAACGCAAAUAUGUUGAAACUUAAUUCUUUAAAUUUGAUGCCAUUUGAUAUUUUAAACUGGAUGAUAAGGAUUUUCUAUGUCAAAAAAAUCACUGAUAAGCCUAAAAACCUCAUUUAAAAGGAUUCAGGAGUCAAACAUUUUUGGAAUUCAGUUUUAUAUGAAAUCUUCAGUUGUUGAAGUUCAAAACUCAUUUCAGGUGGUAUGUACAGUACCGAGCUGAAGUCUUAAAUCAUCCUUUGCUAUGUUGUUUUUGCGUGGUUGUAAUGAGCAUAAUAUCUAUUUCUCAGUCCCAUUAUUCAAAUACAAAAAAUAAGGAAGAUAUUGUUCACAGCAUUAAAAA